CAAGAUGGCGGCGCUGCGGCUUCAUCCGCCCUUCCGGGAGUGGGCGGAAACAUGCAGCGGGCGGCGGCGUGGGGCUGGCGGUUACUGCAACUCUCCCGGACCCUAGUCCCCGGUGCUGGGCCAGGCCCACGGCAGGGGUGCGUUCGACAUGCCAUUGGGAGAAGGUGGCUAUGCCCCAGCCCGGAGGAAGGGAGGCGGUGCUGGCGGCGCCUGUUGAGUUCCGGGCCAGAGUCAGGACACGGGACUGAGCUGGGCAGGAUACAGGCCUCUCAUUACCAGCUGGUCUACACCUGCAAGGUCUGUUGGACAAGGUCAGCUAAAAGGAUCUCCAAGCUUGCCUAUCAUAAUGGCGUGGUGAUUGUGACGUGUCCCAGCUGCCAGAACCACCACAUCAUUGCUGACAACCUGGGCUGGUUUUCAGACCUGGAUGGGAAGAAGAACAUUGAAGAAAUCCUGGCAGCUCGAGGGGAGAAGGUGACCCGUUUGACUGGUGAGGAGAUUCUGGAAGUUGUUUUGGAGUCUGAGGCCCAGCCUGCUUCUCCCUCGGAGGGGGAAAGCAGCUCAGAUCCUGUAGGGGCCACGAGGAAGGAUCCGGCCUGAUCCAGAUGAAUGUUGACUUUUUUCCCCAUUUUCUCUCUGUGCUAUAAAAGAAAGGAAUCUUGGCUCUGAGUUUCCUUUGUUUGUUUUUAUAAACAAAAAUGAAUCAUCUUCAAA